UCGAGUUCAUAUUAAUGGGCACCUUAAACAACAAGGAACAAUGAGGUUCUUGUGCAUAUACUUUAUGAUUUUCAGUCGGUUCGUUGUUGUGGAUUUACUUUCUAGGUCCGACAUAUUCAUAUCUUUAUUCAACCGAACAGAUCUACACUGUGCGUUUUCCUGUAGGAGAAAUGAGUAUCACCUUGACAGUUGUUGUAUGUGUAAUAUGUAUAAAACGCGGGAAAAACUGUAUUAUUUGAAAGUAUUGUACAAUGACAUAUUUGAUAAUCCUGAAAUAAAAAUACCAAGUGUUUUUAACGUUCAUUACCGGAUAGGAUAAAACACGUAUCUAAAUUGAUGAAGAGGCUCCCGGUAAAUCUAUGUGAUUUUACUGGAAUCAUUCAAAUAGAUUUUUCUUAUAAUGAGAUAAAAAGAGUUGACAACAUUGUUUGCCUUAAAAGCUUAGACUCUCUGAAAUUGCAUCAUAACGAAAUUGAAUACUUGAGGAACAAUACCUUUAUCGGAAUGAAAUAUUUGCGCAAUAUUGACCUUUCCUACAACCGUUUGAGGUACAUAGAACCAGGAUUGUUAUUAAACAUGGCUGCAAGUCUUCUUAAUUUUGAUGUGUCUCAUAAUCUAUUGACUACAGUUGAUAUUACCAAUAUAUUGUGGGAAAAUCAACCAGCGUUCUGCGAGACUGAUUUUUCUUUCAAUAAGGUAACAAGUAUAAGCAAUGAACUAGAUUGGACAUGUAAAACAAAAUCAAACUUUGGAUAUGGAGGAUAUGUUAAUUUAUCUAACAAUAAGUUGUCAUAUUUUGUGAAAUUUUCUGAAAUAGGAUUUAGAAAUUUCUUUUUCUUAGGAAAACUACUAUCUUAUGGAUUUGAUUUACGAGAAAACAAUUGGAUAUGUGACUGCAAUAUGUACUUGUUUACACUAAAGUCGUCAAUUAUUUUAAAUAUGUUGCAUAGAAACUAUUUCGAAGUAACCUGUCAUUCUCCUCCAGAAUUGAAAAACGUUCUUCUGAUUGAUAUAAUAAAAAGCAAAUCUCUCGAUCGUUUAAUUUGUAAUUUAACAAUUGCCGACAGAUGUCCUCCAAAGUGUCACUGUUUUUACCAGCCUAGUAAAUUAAGAACUGUAAUUGAUUGUUCCAGAACGGGAAGGAGUGGAUUGCCAUCUGCGUUGCCAUUGCGAACUGAUCUUGAGAUAGAUCUUUCUAGUAAUAAAUUAUCAAGUAUGCUUAAUAAGAAUCAUGAGAUCAACACCAAUGGUAAUGGAAACCUUCUUUAUUAUUAUAGCAAAUACAUACAGAAACUUGAUUUAUCAAACAAUAAGAUUAAAGCAAUACCAGACGAUCUUAUUUUCAAAUUACGAAAUGUAAGUUUAAUUAAUUUGUCAAAAAACGAAAUAACGAACACUCCCCGAUUUUUGCAAAUUUUAAAUCCUUGUCAGAUAUACAUAGGAGACGUCGUUAAGCACUGCAAAUGCAAAGACCUUUGGCUUCAAAAUUGGCUGCCAUCAUUUCAGAGCAAAUGUUUUAAUACUACGAGAGUAUACUGCAAGUAUCAUAAUGAAAAAGUUCACAUAUUGAAUAUGACUAGUCAUGACCUUGGAUGUAGACUUUACAAUGCCUAUAUCUUAUGUUUGAAUAUUUCACUUGCCGUGGCAGUGUUUAUUGUAACUGUAUCAUCGCUUUCUAUAUAUACCUUCCGGUUUGAACUUUUCAUAAUGACAAGAAAAUUUCUGAAGUACUGCAAAGGGGUAGUUAUUCCAUCAGACGCAUAUGCAUAUGAUAUCUACAUAUCUUGCAAUGAAAAUGACGUUUAUUUACGACAUUGGCUGACGUCGUCAUUUGUUCCUUUUCUUCAAGAAAAAAAACUCAGUGUGUUUUUACCUUAUCGAGAUUGUCAAAUAGGGCGACUGCGUGAGGAAGAAACUAUUGAUAUAAUGUCAACGAGUCUUAAUUUCGUAAUUUUUUUGUCCGAGGAUUGCGAAAGUUCAACAGAAAUGUGGAUUAAGAAAGAAUGGAAAUAUGCAUGGUACAAUUAUAGAUAUGAUAUCAAUCGUGAAAUUAUCGUUAUAAAUUAUGACAUGUUGGACUAUCAAGAUGUGACUCACAAAUAUUUGAGAGCAUUUUUAAAAAUGAAUAGUUUUAUAAAUUUAAAAAAAAAAGAUAAAUUGAUUAAGGAAGAAAUGUAUUCAAGACUCCAAAUCAAGGAACAAUUUGUUUAGAGGAAAACUAGUAAUUCAUGUCAUAAGGAAACACAAAAACUCGAAUGUAUCGUUCUUAUUUAUCAGUACAUGUAAAUAAUAUACACCUGAGAUAAUUAUAAAUGGAAGGAAUUGUUUUGAGAUCGACUAAAAGAUAAACUCUUGUUUAUUAUGUUAAAGUUAAAACACAUCAAGAUGUGCAUUUGUUAACAUAUUUUUCACAAGGACGCAUGAAAUUAUAAAAUUAAGUAUUAAUUGUGUUUACUCUUUAUCGUGUUUGGUUAAAAAAGACUCACCAGUGACUUUUGAAUGAAAACAUUAAAGGCCAAAUAAAGUAUUAAACCUCGAUGGUAAAAAUCCUUUAUCCAACAUCGCACAACUGCAAUUGAAAUAGCAGCAUUUAUUAGAGCCAGUAUAAAAUAUGCGGCAUUCUUUGAUGUCAACAUAACGUCUUUUGUGCUUUGUUGGGGUGGUUUUGUGAUUUGUAUCUAACUAUUGAGGUAAGUCUUUUUCAAGCUUUUACGUAUCAUACUUGUUUAAAGAAUACUUAGUAUAAUGUUAUGAAAAGUCGUUUAAUUCAUUCUGUUUUGUCAAAACAAGGA